CGAAAAAUGAGGGGUGAAGGUACGUGAUGGCAACAACCAACGAUUGGGUUACCACAUUGUUGCAAUCUGAAUGAAGACACCAAAACACUUCAAAUGAUUGAGUUAGGGCGCAUAAGAAGCUGGCUGAAUUAGGUAUUGCGGGAAAACGUAAAGUUUGCAUCAGACGGAUACGCUAAACAGAGAUGAAAAAGAGGAAUUUCAGCUGGAUUCUUGGCUUGUUCGAGAUGAUGUUUUUGGCAUCUGCUUAUCCAGGCUUUCAAAGGGCACUGCUUCGAAGUACACGCCGAGGGCCCGUCUUAGAUUCCUCCUUUCGAUACUUGGCUUGUGCUACCCAAAAAACAAACAACAGAUGGCAACGACAGAGCCAACCACAAUCUACCUUGGAAUCGGAGAAAGUCCAGGGGAAGCUGGCAGAUGAGAAACAGCAAAACGUUUCAAAUCAAACAGAAUCCAUCAGUCAAUUGACCAACUCCUCCAACAACAGCACUACUCCUUCGUUUUUGUCCAGAUCCAUGCGCUCUCUGCGAAAAGGUGCCGGAGCAGUGACAUCCACGGCGGGAUUUCUUUCCAGCUCGGCAACCUCCAUGGCGACGGAUCAAAAACAAUGGCAUCGAAGUCGACCUCUCGUCGAAGCCUUUCAACUCUUCCUCAAUUCCAGUGGCAUUGACCUAGAGCUUUCACAGUCACUCAAUUAUCAUCUACUCCGAAACAUCGUCGUCUUGGGACGUAUCCAACAGAGACUCUUCAGUGUCAAGAGCCGCAGAGAUCAGGCCAAAGCCACCACCACAAGGAACAACAAUAAGAUUCCCACACGCGAGGAAGCUCUCCGGUACAUGAGAUAUGCCACGGCCGUGUAUGGAUCUACCAUGAUUGCCGCCGCCGAAAUGGAUGCCAGAGGAAUUGUCGAUACACGGCUUUCCCCACUCACCCAAACACGCAUCAGUGAGCAUAUCAAUGUACCCGAAGAAGACAUUGUACUGGUGGACGUCGACUAUGACGGUGAUGGCAAACAUUUGAGACAUUUUGUCGCGGUGGAUCAUGCCAAUCGCAAAAUUGUACUGGCCAUUAGGGGAACAUUCAACUUGGCGGAAAUUGUCGUGGAUGUGGCGGCAUUCUCUCGUCCGUGCUUUGGUGGAGAAGCCCAUUCGGAAAUGAUGACAAUGGCAGAACGAGUCUGGACCAAUGCUGGAGGCACCAUCCGAUAUUUUCUCAAAAAGCAUGAAGAUUAUGAGUUAAUUGUCACGGGGCACAGCCUUGGUGCUGGAUGUGGUUGUCUGCUGACUAUCAUGUGUCAAAACCAAGGAGGUCGGCUCAUUGAAGGUCGAAAGAUGCGUUGUUUUGCCUAUGCAGCUCCACCCGUCUUUACCCCACUCAUGCUGGUGCCACAGGCCGUACAAUCUACUAUCAACUAUAUUCAUGAAGAGGACGUGGUGCCGUUUUUGUCGGUCGAUUCGGUGCGACAUGUCUUUGCGUCCAUCCGGGCUAUUGAAGAUUACAUGCAAGGUUCCAUGAGCCGAUAUGAACGUGUCAAACUUGCCAUGGGAAUCACAGAGCCCAACGAAGAUCUCAUUGAAGCGGUGCGAAUAGCCAGCAGCAAGCGAUUGGUACCCAAAAAGGGUGCACCGGUUUUGUCCAUUCCGGCCGCAUCAACGAUCUGGAUGAACGAACAAGAGGACGGUUCCUACGACUACGAAAUUUGCGAUCCAGCUGCCUUGUCCAAGUUGGGGCCCGUCCUGUCAACUCGAAUGGUGGAACAUCAUCUGCCACCACGCUACGAACAUGCCUUUGAGAAUCUUAACCUCGAUCCAUAGAGCGGGCGACGAGAAAUAGUCGAAAAACAUGGUCAAAGGAUGCAUUAAGAGAUUUUAGUCGGAAACUCCAAUCUCCACAUCCACACUUGCUGUUGUUGUUGUAGCAAAAGCAUGCGUUCCGGAUGACGCGUCUCGGCAAGUCUUUCCUCGACAGAUUCGUAGCUCUUCUAAACGCCUUUCAUAGCGGAUCUUUUGUUCUACUGUC